AUGCAUCAAUCACGUAAUGGGUUGCGAUAUAUGGCCAGACCCAGCUCUAGUGAGAAACCAGUACCGCCCGUGCAUAAAAGGAUUUCGAGCGAUAAAUCGUACGAUACGUCUCUUAACAAGUCGAGAAGACCAAUUAUUACAGUGCCCCUUGCAGAGGAAAUAAUUGAAAAAUGUGAAGAUCUGAAAGAGAAGCAAAAUUUUUUUUGUGGCAGCCAAAUAUACGACGAUAUGGACGAAUUGUUUUUAGAUUUCAACGACGAAGAAUCUGUUACUUCGAGAAAUGAUAAAUUGACGCAACUUAAGGCAUUGUGGCAAGACAAAAUUGUGCAAUUUGAGCGAAUGAAAAAUGAACUCAAUAAUCAACAGAAUGCAAUAUUACAAAUCUACGCAUCAUUGCGGAAUACGAAACAAGAGCUGACGAGUUUAGGAGAAAACGCUCACUUACCUUCUGUCGAUGACUUACGGAUCAUGAAUGUGGCAAAUAUGACUCCCAACCAACUACUCCUAAUGUGUACGGAAACUAAAUACAAAACAGAUGUCCAGCAAGCAUCAAAAAAUAUUCUAACAGUUGAUAUCAAAAAAUUAAGCGACAUGCCCCUACGGCUUAUAUCAACUUGCGAACGAAUCUUAGCUUCUAGAAAAGAAUUCAUUGAAUGGUUUGAACAUUUAAAAAACGAAGAAAAGGGUUGCCCAAAAAGUACUCUUUCAAAAAAAAUUAAUGAAUUUACGGCAGAAAAUGAUAUGUUAAAUAGCGUUUUGCUCUCCGUUAAAAAAGAAUUCCUCAAGGAUAUAAGCGAGUUUUUAAGAACAUGUUGUGAUGAGACAAUAGCGCUUCAACAGCGCAACCAAUAUCUGACGUCAGAAAUGUCAGGGCUUAAUUCACAGAACGCUGACCUCAAAAAAAGAAUAACUUCUUUCGAGCAGCAAAAAACGUUAACAAGCAAAGUUAAACUAGAGGAACUUAAAAAGGAAUUAAGAGAAGAAAAAACAAAAGUCCAAAUGCUUAAACAAAAGCUAACAAGAGUAGAAGGACAAUUAAAGAUGCGCGAGGAACGUACGAUGUCGGUCGAGGCAGCUUUAGAACAAGCACGAGUACAGACCAGAAACUUAGAGCGCACUAUUCAACAGUUAAACGAACAGAACUGCUGUUUACAGAAAGACUUUGAUAGUGAAUUAAGUAAGCUAAAUGAAUCGAUGGAAAAGAACACUAAACAUUUAGAAGAAAUUGCGUAUGCGAGAGAAGCUCUACAAUCUGAGAAAGAAGCUCUUAAAGUGAAACUUGAAGAACUUUCUAAUCAUUAUAAGGAAUGUAUUAAUAACAUAAAAAGUGAACUUCAUCAAAACAAAGCAAAACUUAUCGAUAGCGAAAAGAAAUACGAGGAAGAAGCAGAAAAAAACCUAAUAUUACAAAAGAGAAUUCAAUCUCAAUGUGCACAACUAGCAGAAUCAGAGUUGCAUUAUAAAGAAACUAUGAAACAAUUGAAGCAGACCGAGCUAACUCAAAGUGAAUUAGUAAAUUAUAAACAUGAAGUUGAAGAAGCGAAACGAGAAUUAGAAAAUAUUAAGCUUGAAAAAGAAAAAUAUUCAAGCCUAUUUAAAGAACAAAAUGAUGCUUUACAGGAAUUGAGAGACAAUUUGCAAAGAGAACAUGAGUUAGAAGAAAAAUUAAAACGUGAUAUCUACAACAAAGAAGCAUAUAUCAAAAAUUUGGAAAAGGAACAGAUUUUAUUACAUCAAAAAUCAGAAGAAAACGAACAUAAAAUGGAAAUGUAUGAAGAACAAUUAAUAACGCUUAAAAAUCAUAUAACAAAGUUGAAGGAACAUUUUGGCGAAUUCGAAAACAUAAGUGAUCUUCAUAGAAUGAUAAGUCAACAAAAUAACCAGCUAAAUGAUGCAAGACGACAAAACAAUGAGUUAUUUGAUGAAAUACAGAAGAAGCAAAAUGAAUUGGAACAUUUGAAAGAAGUAAUAGUAGAAAAAGAGCACAUUAUGAAAGAAAAACACGAUGUCUUACAAAUGUUAUCUGAAAAAGAAGAGGAACAAGCAAUUCGUUUGAAGUUAAGUCAAGAAAUUGACGAGAAAAAUAAUAAAAUUGAAACCCUGAUCUCAAACAUAGAAACCAGAAAUCAACAAAUAGCUCAAUUAGAAAAAAUAAUUUUAACUAUUGAAGAAUGUAAUCGAAAAUCUAGUAUUCAAAGGCAAAAAGAUCAAGAGAGAAUUCAUGCACUUGAAAAUAAAGUGACUCAGUAUGAACAUUACAUAAAAAAUAAAAAUACCGAAGCACCGUUCGAAAAUCUUGAUGAAUUAAUAAAAAUCCUUGAAGAUGAAAUAGAAAUUCCAUUUGAUUCACACGUUAUAAGAUAUACGAAUAAAAAUAAUAUUAGGCAAGAUGAUAAUCUCUUUGAUCAAGCAUAUGAUAAUAAUGAAUCAAUGUAUCGUUCUGAAAACAAAAAUAUCCCAACGAAAAUUGUAACAGGACAUUGUGUUAAAAAAAUAUAUUUGGCUACUAAUGAUGACAAGCACAAAGGUGAUAAUCUCGACCGUAAACAGGCCAUAACCAGUAUUGACACUCAAAAAUGGAUAACGGAUUUAGAUUCUCAUACUGUAUUCUCACCACCUUUAGCUUUUAAAGACGAAUUUUCACGUGUGAACGAAAUGGUUUCAAGCAAUGACACUCGUCACAAAAACAUGAUUUAUAUUACGCCCAAUGAAACUCGCCAAGAAAAAAAGAAUAAAAUGUAUAAAUUUGCUGGACACAAAAUGCUG